UGUUCCUCGACAGUGGCUGCAUGAUGGUGUUGAAAAUGCAGUUAAUGCUAAGCUCAUUUGUAUUUUUACAUGUUUGCUGCAGUCUCGUUUCUGCACUGUACUUUCAUAUCGGCGAGACCGAAAAGAAAUGUUUCAUUGAAGAAAUUCCUGAUGAAACCAUGAUAAUCGGAAACUACCGAACGCAGCUGUAUGACAAGCAGUCAGAAUCAUAUCUCCCUGCUACGCCAGGGCUCGGGAUGUUUGUGGAAGUAAAAGAUCCUGAUGAGAAGGUGAUCCUGUCUCGUCAGUAUGGGUCAGAAGGCCGCUUCACCUUCACCUCCCACACACCUGGAGAACACCAGAUCUGUUUGCACUCCAACUCCUCCAAAUUUUCUUUGUUCGCUGGUGGAAUGCUUCGAGUUCAUCUGGACAUCCAGGUGGGUGAGCACGCCAAUAACUAUGCAGAGAUCGCUGCGAAAGACAAGCUGACCGAGCUGCAGCUGAGAGUACGCCAGCUUGUGGAGCAGGUUGAUCAGAUCCAGAAGGAGCAGAACUAUCAAAGAUACCGUGAAGAGCGCUUCAGACAGACCAGUGAGAGCACCAACCAGAGAGUCCUGUGGUGGUCUAUUGUCCAGACACUGAUCCUGGUGGCUAUCGGUUUCUGGCAGAUGAGGCAUCUUAAGAGUUUCUUUGAAGCCAAGAAAUUAGUGUAAAGUGUGUGCGUGUGUGUCAGUGUUUUUGAUUUCAGUAUGCAGUACACAGCUGAUUGAAAAGUCGAGUCCAGACUGCUGAAAUGAACCUCCAAGUUGAAACAACUCAAAUUUCUCCCAGAAUUGCAUCGAGAUUUAUUUUCUUCACCAUAUUUUGUUUCUAUGCCACUUACCUCUUGGCUGUAUACCAGCUGACUUUAAGGCCAAAACCACAUAACUUUUUUUUUUUUUUUAAUUAUUUUGAUUUUUUUUUUUGUCCAGUCUGAAGGAAAGCGUUACAUAAGUCUGAAAAUGAUCUGAAGUUUUUUUUUUUUUUUUUUUUUAAUGCAUGAUAUCAGGAGUCUUGUGUGAACUUGUCCUACACUGAAGAUGCACACAUUUAUCCUAGACACAAAAAUCAACUCUCCGAUUCUGUUGUUUUUGUGCACAAAACUCUGUUGGUUAGGAAUUAGUGACGUAUGUAAAGUUUGGUUAUUUCAGAAUGAAUGUAUGUCAAUAGUUUUAUUUAAUAUUCAUUUGUUCAAUUAGCAUGAGCUGUUUUGCAGCCUGAUUCUGAGCUCAUGUGGCUGCACGAGGUUGUUUACAGCUCCUGUUGCUUGCAGAAAGGCGGCUACACACCGGAUCUGUACUGAAAAAUGACACUUUUUUUUUUUUUCCCUUCUCUCCCCUCCCCUGCAUUAUAUAAUGUGUUGAGGGGGAAAAAUUGCAUAUUUGUGGUUGAGUACUGUUUGGGCUUUGAACUUUAAAUUUUGGAGGGAGAGACAGAAUUAUAAUGUUCUCUUAACUGUAUAUUUUCUGGAAGAAUAUUUGGCUUAUUCUAGGCAAGAGUCACUUUUUUUAAUAAACCAUUCUUGCAUGGUUUGUUUAAAAUUCUAAUGUCAUCCUUUAUCUACAAUUAUUUUAACAUCCUGCAAUAUACCUUGGCCACUUAUUUUCCUGUGUGCUCAGAUACUCAGGUAUUUCUGAUUCGAUAGAAAUGACUUGUCACCAAAUUAUUAUUUUUUUCCCUCCCUUCAUGAAGAGCUGAAAUAUCAACCCUGCGGUCAUCCUCAAUGCGCUCUAAGGCUGAAUUUUGCUUUUCAGUUCAAUUUUAUUACUUGAAGUUUCUUUGUCCCAUAUAAAUUAUUUUUCAACUUUAUUACUUUUAUAGAUUUUCCCCAUUUUUGAACCAUGUAGGAUGUGACCAUGUACUACUUUUUUAAUUUGGGGUUCUGAUAGAUGUGUAUACACGGAUAUUGUUGGCUGAGGGUUUAAGCUUUUUUAAAUGACGAGAGGGGAAAUCUGUCAUGAUGUGUUCAUGAUUACGCUCAAAUAAAGUUUUCAUCUCCCUCCA